AUGGAGGAGACUCGACACCUCGUCGGAGUCGGACCAGCGCCGCCUGGGUGCUACGAGGCAGGUGCGCGUGCUAAGAAGGCCAAGGACGCGCGGUCUGAGGAAUCCGACGACAUGGCGACCAAGACCAACUACAGUGCCGCCGCUGCCGCAUCGGAGGACUCUCGUCGCCUCCUUGAACCCAAACCAAUGGCUAGGCCUUUCGUGCUGCCUGGUCUGGCUGAUGAGGAUGAGAAAGCAAAGUCAAGGAGGGCGGCGCUUGGCCGCCGCCGCGCGUGCAACUGGCUGCGGCUGCUGCUCCGUUCGCCUCCUCUCCAUCCUCCCCCCGACUUCAGGCCUAAGAUGUCACGGUCGGAGAUUAAAGCUCUGAAUCACGAGACUGUGCUGCAAUGCCUUGAGCUGUACAACUCCACCCAUCCGGGCGAUGAGUACGAACCUGCUCCUGGUAAGGUGACCAGACGCGGCAAGCUUGACAAUUACGGUUUUUGGACUCAUGGUAACUUUGUGGCUCGUCGGAAGCGCUCUGGCUGCUUCUCCUUCCUGCCCGCUCCGCGAACUCUCUUCUUUUUUGAGCUCAUUGAUAGAGGUGAUGACGAUGAAGUUCUCACAUGCAUCCCCCUAGAUGAACCAGUUACUGAAGCCUACGUUUUCCUUGGCAUCCCUCUUGGACGGGGCACCCGGCGUAAUGGUGAAUCGGACUGUGUUUGCAAGACAUGCUACCGUCGAUUCCAUGUCCCACAUGCUGGUCUGACGAGGAAAUGUGGAUGUGAAGACAGCAAGGUGGAGAGGGUAUGUGAAAUGUGCUAUCUUGACGCCGAUGUGCUGCAUCCCUUCCGAGGAGGAUUCCGUUUUGGCCAUCACCAAGGGAGCUUUGUGAAGCGUUACUGCUCCUACUACUGA